AUGUCUGAGGCCGUCGUCCCGCUGCAGACUUAUUUGCGCAUCGUCGCGGCCUCGGUAUUCUUCUAUGACUUUCUGGUGACCGUUCCCAGCGAGAUUCGUCUCCUCCGGCGCCAGCACAAUGCCCUCCGGCCGUCUCAUGCAUGCAUCCUGUUCAUGCUUGCCAGAUAUGUCGGAAUGGCAGCCGUGAUAUCAGCCACUGUCAUAUACUUUCACGGCUGGACGUUCUCAAAAUGUGCACAACUCAUUCCAAUAGUUGGAGCGUUCAGAGCAGUGCUGAGCACCGUCACCAAUUUUGUACUAUUGUGGAGGACGUGGGCUAUCUGGGCUCGCAAUCGUAAAAUCCUUAUCAUGCUUCUCAUUAUUAUGAUACCCACCACGAUAUUCUCGUACGGCUUCCUCUUCGACCAAAGUCCCACGACCAAGAAUGGAUCAUGCACCGCCGUCUCUGGUCAUACCGUUUUUGGGCAAAAAUGGACAUUCGCUCUCGCCAACAUGUGCUUUGAUAUUGUUGCGUUCGUCGUUUGCUCCAUCCGGUUGAUACGGAAUAUCAAGGCGGAGAAAGGCAUCUCUGGGCUUUCGGCGUACCUCCUCUCCGAGCAAGUCGUGUUCAAUGUUUUCGGCAUCUUUUACUUUGUGAUCGUCAUGAUCGGCCAUGCCUUGAACGUUUCGUUCCUAUUGUCCAAGGACCCAGCUCGGUCAAAUUCGUUCCUUACCUUCAAUGUAGCAUUAACCUCCAUCGCUUCUCAGCGCAUCAUUACUUCUUUAUCCGAACGCGUCACCCUCAACCCAUCGACGCACGGAUCUCGGAACCGCUCCGCUUCGCGCUCUCGGUCGCGCGCCACCAGCAAAGUCCGGAACCCGUUCCGGUUCGUGGCCGGUAUGCGUGAUAACGUCCAGCAACCCGACGUGGAGCUCGGACGUGCACGCUCCUUACAUCGCGGCAAUGGCAACGGCAUCGCUAUCGACGUUCACCAGGAAACGCACAUUGCUCAGGACGAUGAAUUGCUUUACGGCGUCUCCAGCGAGUACAAGAGCAAAAGAGAACAAGAAUCAAGUAGAGACGUGCAGACGACGUCAACGGUACAUUUCACGCCGGAGUGA